CCCCCCGCUGACAAUCCGAAUGUGUGCGAAUUCAUAUUGUCAGGCACAGCCAAAAUGUUGUCGACGUUUGAGCGCGCCAACAAGUCGUCUGCGUUCGCUUGUCGUGGCCAGUUCACCAGCUGCCAAUCGGCGGAAGCGGCAAUCUUUAGCAUAGCGCGAAAUUCAAGCGUUGAGGUCCGUUUCCGGCUUUGGUGUCUGUGCGAAACGUAAAGUGAUAAAAAGUCUAUAUAUAUAAACAAAUUUAGCCAAGUGUUUAGCGUAUUUUCCGUUCGGCAUUCGAGUAAUUACGGGCACGUGUGCUGAGAUCCCAUAUCCCCAAAAACAAGGAAACUCUGAAACGCAAAUGUAAGCACAAUAAAUAAUAAUUGAAAAUUGAUGCAAAUGUGUUUAUCUGCUGUGUCGCUCAAAGUGCUCAAAUGAAAAUCAUAAACUGACCAGCCAACCGCAGCGAUAACAACAACAACAAUAUUUAUGGUAUUUAUCAAAGAGUUUGCAAAAAAUAAUUGAAUGAAUUGGCGUAAAAAACUCGCAUUGGGUUAAAAACAAAACGAAAACAAAAAAAAUGCAGCAGGAAGCAAAACGUGCGGAAAUGAAAUUAAUAGUUUACGCUUAAACAGUUUUCGUGCAUUGUGAUAGCAUAAUUGAAUUGAUUAAAAAAAAAAAGAAGCAAAUCUCUGGCCAUGAUGACCAGUAUACUCAGCGACAUGAGCACCAUCGCCAUGGACAUGGAGCUGGGCUCCGGAGAGGAGUCGCCUCUGUCGCCUCUGAAUGCAACCCGCGCCCUUUGGGAGCUGGCGAUGACAACAACGGCGGAGACGGCGCUCUUUGAUGAAAACGGCAGCAUUGUGCCCGUCACCGAGAUACCCUAUGUACCCUAUGGCCGGCGACUGGAAACCUACAUAGUGCCCAUAUUGUUCGCCAUUAUCUUCGUGGUGGGCGUGCUCGGCAAUGGGACUCUGAUUGUGGUCUUCCUGAGCGUGCGACAGAUGCGAAAUGUGCCAAACACCUACAUCCUUUCCUUGGCGCUGGCUGAUUUGCUGGUCAUAUUGACUACCGUGCCGCUGGUCUCUACGGUCUAUGCCGUCGAGUAUUGGCCCUGGGGCAGUUUUUUGUGCAGCAUUUCGGAGUUCAUGAAGGAUGUCUCCAUUGGCGUAUCGGUCUUCACACUGACGGCGCUUUCCAGUGAUCGCUACUUUGCCAUUGUUGACCCGCUGCGCAAAUUCCAUGCACACGGUGGUGGACGUCGCGCCACUCGCAUGACCCUGGCCAUAGCCGUGUCCAUUUGGCUCCUGGCCAUCAUCUGCGGCCUGCCAGCGCUGAUUGGCAGCAACUUAAAGCCAGUUGGCAUCAAUCAGGAGAAAUCGAUUGUCAUCUGUUAUCCGUACCCGGAAUCGUGGGGCGACAACUAUGCCAAGCUGAUGGUAAUGCUGCACUUUCUGGUCUACUAUGCCAUACCCCUGGUCAUAAUCGCCGCCUUCUAUGUCAUGAUUGCGCUACACCUGAUGUACUCGGCGAGUGUGCCGGGCGAGAUGCAGGGCGCUGUCCGACAGGUUCGAGCCCGACGCAAAGUCGCCGUCACGGUGCUGGCAUUCGUUGUCAUCUUUGGUAUUUGCUUUCUGCCUUAUCACGUCUUCUUUCUAUGGUUCUACUACUGGCCCACAGCACAGCAGGAUUACAACAUGUUCUGGCAUGUGCUGCGCAUCGUCGGCUUUUGCAUGUCCUUUGCCAACAGCUGUGCCAAUCCGGUGGCCCUUUACUUUGUGAGCGGGGCGUUUCGCAAGCAUUUCAAUAGAUACCUUUUCUGUCGGGGCAUCAGCGGACGUCGCAAGAAGCGCAACCAGCACAACGACACCUUCUGCAUGCACCGGAACACCUCGCUGACCAGCACAGCCUCGAAGCGCUUUCAGUCCCGGCACUCCUGCUACCAGAGCACGGUGCGCAGCUGCCGGCUGCAGGAGACAACGAUUACCACGCUGCCCAACGGCGGCCUAAACGGAGUGCCCAGCACAGCCGUUGCCCAUAAUGAAGCGCCGGGCUAUGAAUUUACACCACUCAGCGAUUUCGGUCCGCUCAAGGCGUCACAGCUGGCGCAGAGGCUGCAGGAGUCUCCAUUAAACUGAACAGCUCGAGUCGCUGACGUCCCAACGGAGAUUACAGGAAGUAUCUAGUAGCAGGAGUGUCAACUAAGUUUUACAUAAUUGAAUAUGUUCUGAACACACAUUCUGUCAUAACACGUUGAAAAUUUUAAGCAACACAUCGAACUAAACCAAAGUAAUUUUCUCUGUCAAUACAAACAAUUGUUAUUCUCCAUGCUAGCAGAAACUCUGUCUAAGAAAUUUCAAGAUGCAAUGAUUUCGUUUUUUUGAAAACACACUUGACCAAAUUUGUUUUUGUUUGAAGUUAAUUCGUGAACGCAACGAAAUGCAAACAAAUUGUAGUUGUUACUCAACAAUUCACUUGACCUUUUCAAUUUGAGAGCUCCCCGAGGAGCUGGCUUUAAGGAGCUUGGCCAAAUUGCUUGGUGAAUUGAGUGCAGAAAAUGAUUUACGGAAUAUCUUGGCGUUAAUAUAAAGUUGAUGACUUUUAGUUCCUAGGCAUUUAAUGUGUUUUUCAUGUCUAGUCGUAGUCGUAAGCGGCAACUGUGUCUGUCUCAUACUAAAGUAUUGCAGCCGUUGCACGGCUUUAAGCUAACAAAAUUAAACAAAAGUAUUUACAAUAAGAUUUAUGGCUAAGACUUAAAGUGCUCCACAGACACGAAAAGAACGCAUGACCAUGCACUUAGUAAAUUAAAUGGUAAAUUUCUUUGUCCUCUUGUAUAUAUUUUAAGGAAUUAAAUAUUUAGAUGUGUAAA